UUUGUGUGUUCGAGAAUUUGUGUUUUUCCUUUUUGUUGUUAAGAUAUUGUUCUUAUUGUGUUUUAAUAUAUGUAUUUAGAAAUUAUAAAACAAUUUUCUUAAAUUUAUUGCGGUGUUUUGUUUUAAAUAUUUGUGUAAGAAGUUGCAAGAGUUUGACAUAAAUAAAGAAUAUAAAGCAUUACUUCCUGUGACACGAAAACCACGAAUUAAAAAAAGAAAUACGACGUGACAAAAAGUAUCUUUUAUUUUUUUUUUGGGUGGAGAUUAACGAUUUAAAGGCUAAACAUUUUUAUAAUUUUGUAAAGAAUACAAAGUUUUAUUUAUUGUUAUAAAUAUAAAAGCGACAAAAUUGAUUUAAAAUUGUGGAAACAUACUAAAAUUGAUAUGAACAAAGAAAUUUACUAUGAGGGCUGGUUGAUCAAAUCACCGCCCACGAAGCGUAUAUGGCGUGCACGUUGGCGUAGACGUUGGUUUACUUUGAAACAAGGCGAGAUACCCGAACAGUUUUGCCUUGAAUACUAUGCCGACCGUAAGUGUCGCAAAUUGAAGGGUGUCAUCGAUUUGGAUCAAUGCGAACAGGUGGAUUGUGGUUUGCGUUUGGAGAAUCGCAAACAAAAGUUUCAAUUUAUGUUUGAUAUUAAAACACCAAAACGUACAUAUUAUUUGGCAGCAGAUACGGAAACGGAUAUGCGUGAUUGGGUAAAUUGUAUAUGUCAGGUGUGUCAUUUGCAUGAUACUAAACAAUCACAAGAUGAAAACCGUUCCCAAAAUAAUGCUGCUACCACACACACCAACUCUUCGAAUGAUACCACCACAACCACCAUCAACUCUUCAAGUGGUACCAAUACGAGUAAUACACGCCAGAGUUUCAACAAUGACAUUCUUAGAAGGCCUUUAAAUGUUGUCGAACAACAACCUCUGACAGCAGCCACUUCAAGUGCAAAUGUAACAAUUGCUUCGUCCACUGCAUCGACAUCAUAUCAGCAUAGUAAUGACAGUGCUUAUGUUAAUACAGAGUAUACCAAUCGUGAGACACUAUUGUGUGAUGCACAUUUCGAGAAACAACAAUUGGUAAAUGUGGCUUCUAAUUUGGUGGCUGCUAAUGCUGUGCAAACAGCACAAACUGGUUCGUCUGCAGCUUUGUACUUGAAUACGGCUGCAUUUCAGGACACUUCACGUUUAUCAGUCAGUUCAAAUGGUGUUGUACGUAAAAUACCAGAGAAUUUAGUUUUAAACAAUACACCACUACCAGAAUCUCAACAGCACAGCGUACAACCUUCACCAGCUUUAAGUACAGCAUCCGGACCUUAUAUACCCAUCAGUGAAUGCUAUUCCGGUAGUCCAAAAUUUAUGUUGGAUAGCGAUAAUCCUUCGACUCCUUUAAAUAAUUUGGAUCCAAAGUUUUAUGACACACCCAGAAGUCAUAACAAUAUUGGCUUAAAUUUAACCAACGAUCAAUCAUAUUCACCCAAAAUUACAAACUGUGGAACGCAACAGCCUAUUAAUGUUUCUAAAAAUCGUAGUCAAAAGUCAGAUUCAGACUCUGAAAGUGUAUUUACCGAUGACGACGAAUGGGCCCAUCCUAUGCCCUUAAGAGAAAAUAUGGAUCGUAACACUAGACCCUCCGAUAGUUCGGUGGAAAAUGAAUCGUUUGUCUUGACAUAUUCACAGCGUUUCUCGAAACUACCUGAAGAUGUUAAAAAAGAGCAACAAGGCAUGACAACACAAAACUCCAACGAUUGUUUGGAAAAGCUGGCAAAAGUAUUAAAAAAUAAAAAUAAUUUAAUAUUGGACUUUAAGGACAAUGAAAAAUCCACACGAGAUUUGCCACAAUUUUCGGAUACGGAAAAUACUUCACCUGCUAUAAUAGGACCGCGUGACGCUAGAUCUGUGGUUGAGGAAAGUUAUGACAUACCACGUUCUCAUCAACUACCCUAUUAUAAUAUGGCACAUUUAUUGGAGAAAAUAACAAGUCCAGAGGCCAAUCCCAUUGCAGCUUCCACGCCCAAUUUAAUGGCUGGUCUAGAUACUGUGCCGGGAUCACCAUCAUCGGUAAUUUCUGUGGCUCAUUCGUUAGGUCCACAAUCGUCGAAUAUGCGCACUUUGCCGAGACCACAUUGUUAUACAAAUGCAGCUCCCAGUAAAGUUGAAGGCAAUGUAUUUCGUUACGAUUUUAUAGAACAGACAAAUGUUCCACCAGUCAAUAGAAAAUUGAAACCAAAAUUAAGUAUUGAGGCUGAUAAGCCGCCGGAGGAGUUACCAGCUAAGCCGCCACAAUUGGCUGUACAGCAUGUGGACAAUUUGGCAAAUCGUUUGCAGACUACACAAAUGCAAACACCAGCUGGUCUGGUUGGUAGCGAAAAUAUUCCACUGAAACCACCGUCUGUGGAUAGAAAAAAUAAACCGAAUGCCUACAAGAUUGGCAAUUCAAAUACUUUAGGCAACAGUACACGACGUACCACAGGUGCUCCACUCUCAAUGGUGCUACCAAAUGAUGCUGAAACAUCAUCAUCAUCAUCAUAUUUAAUGGAGACUCGAACAUUACCACGACAACCCAGAACUAAUUAUGCGUUUAACACAUCAAAUACUUCACUGUGUAAUACACCAACUGCAGUAAAUGCUCCGCCUACAGUAUUUACCAUACAACAUCAGCGUACCGCAUCAGCUAAUGCCGCUAUGCAACAAUUACCUACAACUACAAAUACAGUACCCACGCAAUUGCAGCUACCGCCUAAAAAUGAACAUAAACUACAAUAUUUUGAUUUGGAUGUGGCAAAUGCUCCGGCCAUUAAUCGCCAAAGCAUGAGUGUGGGUAAUUUAAAUAACCCUGGAGUUGCGCGUUUAGGUUUAGCAGCUGAUCCUUCCGCCAGGGCUCCUGUGCAAAGUUCAGUAGUUUACAAUUCAGUGGACUUUGUUAAAACGGAGGCCUUCAAACGAAUACGUGAAGAGAGAAAAAAAGAAAAUGAAGGUGUUAAUGCCAAUAAGUAAUAGGUUUACUAAAACUAACAUCAUAUAUCAAACACAUCUUGGCAUAUGCUUUUUACAUGCCACUUUUAUCAAUCCAUACUUGGGUAUGUUUAGUUCCGUUUUAUAGUUACAAGAGAUUCCAUUGAAUUUAGACCUAUUUUAGCCUUAAUAGUUAGUGUGUGUGCUUUUAAGCAUUUAUUUUAUGUAAUUUAAUGACAUUUAUAUAAGCUUUAGCUUUUUUACAAAAAAAAAAAAUAAAUAAA